AUGAGACUCAAUCGACGGAUUGCCCCACUGGGACUUCUACACGCGACUGUACCUUUGGGGGCUUAUGCAUCAAAUAACAGACCUAUCUCUUAUACAAACCAGAAUGGAACAUGGAUGAUGUUCAAUGAGCAGACUGUGCUCAGCCUGAUCUCUGAUGGGAAGACUCCCGCAGUUGUUGUCCUUGACUAUGGACGCGACGUGGAAGGAUUGGCCUUCUUUGACGUGGCUCGAAAGUCUGGAGACACCUCUAUCUUUGAGAUGACCUACAGUGAGACUCGAGCUCUGGUGGAUUCUGAGAUGGGCGACGGUCCCCUUCCCCUGGCGGCUGCCAUGGACACGUACCGAGUCAACCGUUUCAAUAUCACUGAACCAAAAGUUUACCUCAAUCGCCUGCUUCAGGGAGGCUUGAGAUAUCAGAAGCUCAAUCUCUCCAGUGCAGGAGAGGUCGAACUUUCUUCUAUCGGAUUUCGCCCUACGGUUUCCACGACCGCCAUUUCCGAUCUCCCUGGUUCUUUCAGUUGUUCCGAUCCUGUGCUCAGUCGUAUUUGGGAAUCUGGUGCCUACACUGUGCAGCUCAACGAGUUACCUGCCAAUUCGACACCAGACUUUUGGACUAUAACCCACGAGGGUGCGUUCGUGGACAGUCUGGCGCCUCAGCCACUCUCUACAGAUUGGAGUCCAAUGCUUACUGCCUACGAGUUGCAAUUUUCCGUGAAGCCAAAGUCAGGAGGAUUUGGCUUUACCGUUCUAAGUGAUACACUUGGAAGCGGUAUUUACAUUUUUGUCAAUAUCGUAAAUUCUUCUAUAUCUGCUCACGUCGGGUCCUCCGAUCUCUCUGACCCCCUUGCGUCGGCAGCUCUGCCAUCGUCCGUCACCUUGAACAAAUGGCAGACGGUUCGCAGUGCGGUGAACAUGACAGAGAUCUCUGUUCAGGUCGAUAACACUACCGUGUUCAACUUUUCUCAGAGCGCUGCAUUUUACGGCUCGUUUGGACUAGGAGCAUCUUUGGGCCACUCUGCUACAUUCGCCGACCUCUCCCUCUCGGUUUCUGGGAAGCAGGUGUAUUCGACCUCUUUGACAGAUACCUCUUUCUUGGAACAUUUCCUCCUUGGUACAAAUCCGUUGCCUGUUAGCGUGGAUGGCUCUCGGAGAGACCGUAUUGCCUACGCUGGGGACUUGGAAAUGACUACCGGCACAGCACUUGCAAGCACACAGGGCCAAGAAUACAUCAAUGGCUCGAUUGAGCUACUGGGCUCUUACCAACUCCCACCCGGCUUUUUUGUACCGAAUGCCAAGGUCCAGCAGCUUCCUCGAACCACUCCGGUUGAUGCGAAUAUCACCGGUCUCAUCGGCUAUUCAUUCAGUAUGGUGAGUGCUAUGGCUCUCUUCUAUGAGCAAACAGGUGAUGCCAAUUUUCUGAGCCGAUGGGCACCAAAAGCCGCGAAAAUGUUCGACUGGGCUCACUCUCAAACCCUUCCCAAUGGUCUUUUCAAUUUAUCUGAUGCCUCAAUGGGCGGUGAUUGGAACUACUAUGACCCGGCCCUUUCCGGAGUCGUUACCAAAUUUUACAUGAUCUACGCAUAUUCGCUAUCUCAAUGGAUUCCAUACAUGGAAGCUUCAGGGAUCAACAAGACCAUGUAUGAGGAGCGUCUCGGCUCCCUGCAGAAUGCUAUCAACAAAUAUCUGUGGAGUCCCUCACAGCAAGCAUGUUAUCUGUCUGAAUCUCACAGGGACUUCUUUUCACAAGAAGCGAACGCUUUAGCUGUGCUGAGCGACACAGCUUCUCACAGAAGUCAUAGCCCUAAAGCAGUUCUGGCAACGAUGGCACGGGAGCUGACUGUGCCUGCAGGAGCGCUCGCCUUCUCUACAAAGAGCGCUGCGAGUGGGUGGGCACAAAAGAUCAGCCCUUACGCCUCUGGUUAUCAUCUGAAGGCGGCAUUCUAUGCGAACGACGGUGAUAGUGCUAUUCGCCUCCUGAGAGGCAUCUGGGGUCCUAUGAGCGAUCCAUUGAAUGCUAACUACACAGGUUGCUUCUGGGAAGUUCUGAGUGAGGAUGGCACUCCUGGCAUUGGCUCUCCUACAUCAAUGUGCCAUGCCUGGAGCUCAGGACCUACCGCGGACUUGAACCGCUACGUUCUUGGUAUUCAGCCCGUGACUCCAGGCUUCAAGAACUGGCAAGUUGUCCCCCAAUCGUUGGACUUGAACUGGGCGCAUGGAAAACACCCCAUUCCCAAUGGUCGAAUCUCCGUUUACUGGUCCUUUGAUAAGGCUGGUCUACUUCGAAUGGAGGUAAAAGCUCCUGAUGGUACCAAUGGUACUGUUCAUCUUCCUGUUCCUUUGAAACGGAAAUUGAACAAGUAUCGUGCCUCCGGAUUUGUGUCCGAUAACAAAGCUUCCUUUGUCGUUCAAGGUGGAAUGAACUUCACCUUCCAUCAAAUGGCCUAG